GAAGCCAAGUUGACAGACCAGCUCCCGCUGAUCAUUGUUUGUGACCGCUUUGACUUUGUUCACGACUUGGUCCUGUAUCUGUAUAGGAACAAUCUCCAGAAAUACAUUGAGAUCUACGUGCAAAAGGUGAACCCGAGCCGUCUGCCAGUAGUCAUUGGCGGCUUGUUGGACGUGGACUGCUCUGAAGAUGUCAUCAAGAAUUUGAUGUUGGUGGUGAGAGGUCAAUUCUCCACUGAUGAACUUGUCGCCGAAGUGGAAAAAAGGAACAGGUUGAAACUCCUCCUGCCCUGGCUGGAAGCAAGAAUUCACGAGGGUUGUGAAGAACCGGCUACUCACAACGCCCUGGCUAAAAUUUACAUCGAUAGCAACAAUAACCCAGAAAGGUUUUUACGAGAGAACCCCUAUUACGACAGCCGCGUGGUGGGGAAGUACUGUGAGAAGAGAGAUCCCCAUCUGGCUUGCGUGGCUUACGAGCGAGGACAGUGUGACCAGGAGCUUAUCAAUGUAUGCAAUGAGAAUUCCCUCUUCAAGAGCCUCUCCCGUUACUUGGUGCGCCGUAAGGAUCCGGAACUGUGGGCCAGCGUGCUGCUAGAAAGCAACCCUUACCGGCGGCCUCUCAUUGACCAGGUUGUGCAGACAGCGCUCUCCGAGACUCAGGAUCCCGAAGAGGUCUCUGUUACCGUCAAGGCUUUCAUGACCGCUGACCUCCCGAAUGAACUUAUUGAGCUGUUGGAGAAAAUUGUCCUGGAUAAUUCUGUGUUCAGUGAGCACAGGAAUCUCCAGAAUCUCCUCAUUUUGACAGCAAUCAAGGCUGACCGCACCCGGGUCAUGGAAUACAUCAAUCGCCUGGAUAACUACGAUGCCCCUGACAUCGCCAACAUUGCCAUCAGCAACGAACUUUUCGAAGAAGCCUUUGCCAUCUUUCGGAAAUUUGACGUCAACACUUCUGCCAUCCAGGUUUUGAUCGAGCACAUUGGGAACCUGGACCGAGCCUAUGAGUUUGCCGAGCGUUGCAAUGAGCCUGCCGUGUGGAGCCAGCUUGCCAAAGCUCAACUCCAGAAAGGGAUGGUGAAGGAAGCCAUCGACUCCUACAUCAAAGCAGACGAUCCAUCGUCCUACAUGGAGGUUGUCCAAGCUGCCAACACAAGCGGCAACUGGGAAGAGCUGGUGAAGUACUUGCAGAUGGCUCGCCGAAAGGCCAGGGAAUCCUACGUGGAGACGGAGCUUAUUUUUGCUCUGGCCAAAACGAACCGCCUGGCUGAACUGGAAGAAUUCAUCAACGGGCCCAACAACGCUCACAUCCAGCAAGUUGGUGAUCGUUGCUAUGAGGAGAAGAUGUACGACGCGGCCAAACUUCUCUACAACAACGUCUCCAAUUUUGGCCGCUUGGCCUCCACCUUGGUUCAUUUGGGUGAAUACCAGGCAGCGGUUGACGGGGCCCGGAAGGCAAACAGCACAAGAACUUGGAAGGAGGUUUGCUUUGCCUGCGUUGAUGGGAAGGAAUUCCGCUUGGCCCAGAUGUGUGGUUUGCAUAUCGUUGUGCAUGCCGAUGAACUGGAGGAGCUCAUUAAUUACUACCAGGACCGCGGCUACUUUGAGGAGUUGAUAACCAUGUUGGAAGCUGCUCUGGGGCUGGAACGGGCCCAUAUGGGGAUGUUCACCGAACUGGCCAUCCUCUAUUCCAAAUUCAAGCCACAGAAGAUGAGGGAGCACUUGGAGCUGUUUUGGUCACGGGUCAACAUUCCUAAGGUUUUGAGAGCUGCUGAGCAAGCCCACCUCUGGGGAGAAUUGGUUUUCCUGUACGAUAAAUAUGAAGAAUACGAUAAUGCUAUUAUUACAAUGAUGAACCAUCCUACAGAUGCCUGGAAGGAAGGGCAGUUCAAGGACAUCAUCACUAAGGUGGCGAACGUGGAGCUUUAUUACAAAGCAAUUCAGUUUUACCUAGAAUUUAAACCUCUGCUGCUCAACGACUUACUGAUGGUGCUUUCGCCGCGACUGGAUCAUACCCGUGCAGUCAAUUUCUUUAGUAAGGUGAAGCAACUUCCGCUGGUGAAGCCCUACCUGCGCUCCGUGCAGAACCACAAUAACAAAUCAGUGAACGAGUCCCUCAACAACCUCUUCAUUAUAGAAGAAGAUUACCAGGCUCUUCGGACAUCGAUAGACGCCUACGACAACUUCGACAACAUCUCCCUCGCCCAGCGCCUGGAGAAACAUGAACUGAUUGAAUUCAGGAGAAUCGCCGCCUAUCUCUUCAAAGGGAACAACCGCUGGAAGCAAAGCGUGGAACUCUGCAAAAAAGACCGACUGUACAAG